UUUUAUCUUAUUUUUUAUUUUUUUGCUUAAUAGUAUGGUUGAAUUGGAUCAUUGAAGGUCGGCAGCAAAGACACUGGUUAAUAAAAUGGGAUUAAAUACAUAAAGGAUAUUUGUAUUAUUUAUUUAUUAACAUAUUUAUUGCAGGUUUGUGUCAUAUUCUGAGUUGCAUUUCAGUGUUUUUAUUCUUUUUGAGGAAUACUGAAUCUGUAUUUUAUUUUUUAUUUUUUUGUGAGUGAGAUGAAUUAAUGAAUGUUCACAUUUAUUCUAGGACUAAAGUAACAUCUUACUCCCAAUUUCUGUCAACAUGCAGACAGGAGAGCUUUCGAUCGUAAUUCAGAUAUUUUCUUGUAAAUUAAAAGGCAAUGCGUUACUUUACUAGUUACUUGAAACAAGUGAUCUGAUUAUGCAACAGCGUUACUUGUAAUGCAUUACCCCCAACACAGGACAUCAGUACAUACAAUUAACGAAUGGAAACCGGAUAAGAAAAUGAACUACUAACUUAAAUGUGUAGAUAUCCAGGUGCUCAGUGCUGAAUAGGAGACUAGCAAUUGACUGCAGAUGACAAAACUCUGCAGGUUUGAGACAUUAUUCAACUCACCAUGUUGUCGUGAAUAGUCAUGGUUUCACUGGUUGUAGUGGCUGUAUUUCUCCUCCACGGGGCUCUAUUUCAGCCCCCUCACACCGAAGCAUUCAAAAUCUUCCCUACCAAUGGAUCCCUCACCCAUCAACAAAUUACUGAGGCAGCUUUCCUCCGCAAGAUGGUAGAAGUGUGUCGUGACGUAGCCACUGCCCGGGGGAAAGACUUUACACUAUCUAUCAACAACAAACUGACUGCAACUACUGUCCAGAGAGCCUGCUCAGAUUCAUAUUCCUCCUUAUUAAAACUAUCUACUUUCAAUCUGGCUGUUGUUCAGACUUCCCUUAGCAACGCAGCUGUGGAUAGAAAUCAGUUCAGUACUGCUCAUCAUUUUGAUAAUGAAGAUUUCAAAAAUGGACGGGACCUCAUCACACAGGGCAUAGCUGCUGUGAAAGUCAGCAUCAAAAAGGGGAAAUAUUUGUCUGCCCGCUCCAGUCUUGGGGCUGUAUGUCAUACUUUACAGGAUUUCUAUAGCCACAGUAAUUGGGUGGAAUUGGGAAGCACUGCUCCUUUCAACACUCUCAUCAAACCUGAGCUUCCUCUCAACAACCUAGCAAGUCCGAAUACAAAAACAUGUAAAAGCUGCGAUGGAGAAAACUGCAAUGACAACAUUCUCCAAGAGGUACUACAGCAGAAGAUAUUAACUUCAGGAUAUUUCAACCUUUUUCUCCCAAUCAAACCUGCAGGCAAGUGUAGCCAUGGCAGCGCUCUUGACAGGACCAGUUCAAGAGAUCCCACUGGAGGCAUCAAUAAGGAUGACAUUGACUCGAAUCAUGGUUACCUUCACCAGCGUGCUGCUGAAAUGGCCAUCAACGCUACUAUGGAACUGCUGGAAGACAUCCGACUGGCCACAGGCAAUGUAGCCUUUCUUCGAUUGAUGGGGCUCACUCAGACCUCAGUUCUGGCUUUUGUGUUUGACACCACCAGCAGUUUGUCAAAUUACAUUGCAGAGGCCAAGAGAGUGUCCAUCAGUAUCAUAGACAGCAGAAGAGGAACAUCAGAGGAACCUUCAGAAUACAUUCUAGUCCCGUUUAAUGACCAGGAUUUUGGACCUCUAAUAAAAACUGGGGAUGCAGAUACAUUCAAAGAGAAAAUCAAUUCCCUCUCAGCAUCUGAUAGUUUAAACCCAGGGAUGUGUCUGUCAGGACUGCUGUUGGCACUGACAAGAGCUCCUCCAUCAUCAAAUAUUUUGGUUUUCACUGAUGGUGCAGCAAAGGACACAGAAUUAAAAAGAGCAGUUGAGGCCAUGAUGCAAAGUACCCAGUCAAAAGUCACUUUCCUGCUGACAAACUCCAUCUCAACUCGCAGUCAACAGAAUGUCUCAUUAUCAAGAUCAUUGUCUCAGUCAGACAUACAGUUGUACAGAGACCUGGCCCAUGUUUCUGGUGGACAGACCAUAGAGGUCACAAACUCUACUCAGGCCACUGCAUUCAUUACAGAUGCAAUCACAGCUGACCUGGUGACGGUUCUUCAGGUUGAGAGAAGUCCACUCAAGGCAGAAAACCUUUCUUUUGUGCUGGAUCCGACUCUGUCCAACGUGACUGUGUAUAUCACAGGAGGCUCUGCAGCCUUUACCAUUUACAGCCCUACUGGCGUGUCUCAGUCAGGUUCAGUGGCAGAUGGUCCUCUGGGCAGCAUCCUGACUGUAGGGAAUAUAAAGAGAGUAAAACUCAACUCUGACAACCAGACAGGGGAAUGGAAGAUCAGCAUUGACUCUACAAGCCCCUACAGUCUUAAAGUUAUUGGUCAGAGUUCUGUGGACGUCCUCUUUUACUUUGUGGAGAUAGUUGAGGGAGGUCAUGGAGACUCAUGGGGACAGAGUUUCACGCGCCCUUUUAUUGGUCGGAACGCUACUUUCUAUGUCUCUGUGACCGGAGGAGAUUCAGUCGCAGUGACUGACGUGCUUCUAGUUGAAGCUUCAGGAUCUGGUGUUGUCAGUGGAACUAUCAAAUCUGUCGGUGCGACAGACUUCCUGGUCAGCAUAGACAGAAUCCCAGAGUGGGCAUUUGUGGUGCAGCUGAAAGGGCUGUUGAAUGAUUCGUCGUCGGCUAGUCGAUUCCAGAGGCAGUCACCCACCCAACAUAAAGGAUCUAGAAUAACAGUCACGGCCCAGUCACAGAACAUUACACAGCCUGGAGUCCCAUUGAGUCUCAACUUUACAGUGGCCUCUAAUGCUACAGGCAGCAACUAUACUAUCAGAGCUCGGACUGACCAGGGCUUCAACGUGUCUUUCCCCAGCUCUUUGACCCUGGGAACCGGGGGAAGUGCUCAAGGAAGCGUCACACUCACUGCACCCUCAGACACCGAGUCAGGGACGGAUGUCACACUCACUAUUGAGGCAGAAGCUCCGGGAUCCACUGAUCUGAAUUAUGUCACACUGCGACUCACUGUCUCCACGGCAAAUAAUAUUUUCAGUGGAUGUUACUCACUUUCCAUGUGUCUUACUUUCUUCUGGUUUUUCAUUUGCCAUUUUGUAUGUUUCUAAAUAACAUUUAGCACAGCAAGUAGCGCUGUAUUUUAAAAUCUUUGCUUGCAAAACCCUUUAUAAAUAUUAAAGAAUUUAGGUUAAGGUUUACUGAAAUUGACUUUCACUUUCUGUUGUAUGUGAACAGGUGUGUUUGGGACUAGUUUUUGUGGCUAAGUUGUGAUUUUAUAGUGUAGUAUUAUGUUCAUGAUCUUUUUGAAUGUUUAUUAAAGACAAAGUUCACAUGAGUGGAUUCUGCAUUGUGUAAGCUCAUGUAUUGGUUUUGCUUUUUAAAAUAGCCUUCACUCUCAUUCAGCUUCUACUUUGCUCAGGGACUGCCCUGAACUCCUGUCACAUGAGUGAUUAUAAAUGAUAAGGUUUCAGACAAUUUGGGAGGAUUAAAUUAAUAAAAUUGCAUGUACGAUUGUGAUUUUUGAUUUAUCACCAAUAUUAUUAAAGGUGACUUUUCACAGUUUGAACUUA